AUGACUCGCGUGACCGCACCAAUCAGCAAGCUCACCCGGUCUCUGGGCUCCCAUCCGUCCGUGGCCAGACCAGCCUACAUUGCCGCCACGUCCAGUCACCAGACCAAUGCCAGCACCGGUGCUGGUCGCACUGAGCCCGCUGAACGGGACGAUAACAGCCGUCACUUCACCAUGACCCACCGCCCGACACCCAGCCCUAUGCCCUCGCGCAACCGUGUUGUGCCCCUUAUGCAGUCCUUCAACUUCCGCACCACGGCCCCGCGCGACGCCCGUCUCGACGUCAGCACCAUUGACUACGCCGUCAUGCCCUCGCUGGGCGCCGAGGCCGAGCGCGAGGCUGCCGCUGCCGCCAGCCGCAUGGCGCUGCGCGUGCCUCUGCUGCCGGACAACUAUUCGCCCGACCGCACGGCCCUCAAUGGCCAUGCUCCCGAGGUGGCUGAUGGCCCGCUGGCGCAGCCCGAGAUUGUGGUGGUGGCGGCCCAUCCCGAGAAUGUGGUGGCGGCGUCGGCGCUGACGGAGAUUGAGGGCAUGGGCGUCGACGGUGUGGAGCUCAAGUUUGCCCACCUCGGUGCCGAGGCGAGUGGCGGCAGCAGCAGUUCUGACAGCGAGGCAUCAGGUGGUAUGAUACGGGAUCUGUGGAAGGGCCUUUUGGACGACCUGUCCGGCUCGCCCGCGGUGCCCAAGGCGGCGUAA